GUUCAGGUCCCCUGACGCUCCUGGGCCCCUGAGAAACUCCAAACAGUGUUCUUGUAGACUCCCCCUCCUGACGUCGCGUCUGCAGUCCUCCCCUCAGCUCCUCUGUCUGCACACCGAACCGGACCGGACCGAACCGAACCGCUGGGAGACUGACGGCUCUGCUCGGCCCCCGGCUCUUCGUGUCCUGCUUGAUUUGAAACUUUCUCUCCAGUCAGGAAGGACCUGGGUGGGAGGUCGCUGCUGCUCGGAGUUUUUUUUCUGAAUCCAAAGUUUUCUCUUCUCGCCUAAAGUGAAAGCGCCGGAACAAACGGACUCCUCCGAACUUUCUUCGGUUCCGGAUCGCAGUGGACAUGGUUUGGGUCAGAUGGGGCCUCCUGCUCUCCUUCGGCUUGUUUCUCUCGCCUGUCUGUAACUCGGCGGAGCGACAGCAGAGUCGGAGCGGCUUCAGGAGGCUGUAUGUGCUGCAGCCCGCUCCCGGGCCGGGACCGGGACAGCGGCCCGGUUCGGCUGCUGGGGAAGGCGCAGUGCGCCUCAGCUCCAUCUCUACGCGCCACGGCCCGUUUGGAGACAACUUGGCAUACAACGUUGAAGUCACAGGAGAGUUCGGCGGCCAGGUUCGCAACCGCAGGAUGGGGAACCCAGCGGCUGCAGCCCCUCAGCAGCAGGACCAGAACCAGAACCAGCUCAUGAAUCUGUCCGGUGUGAAUGUCUGUGGAGGACAGUGCUGCCAUGGAUGGAGUAAGACUCAGGGAUCGCAGAGAUGCACCAAGCCAAACUGCUUCCCUUCCUGCCAGAAUGGGGGAAUGUGCCUGAGGCCGCAGCUCUGCGUCUGCAAACCAGGCUCAAAGGGGAAGGCAUGUGAACAGACCACGGUGGCGGUGCCCUCCAAUCCGGUGAUUCCUGGGAGAGAAACCAACGGCGGCCACACUAAUGGAAACAACGUGGUACCGCAGAGGCCCAUACCUCAGCAGGUGCCCAUACCUCAGCAGGCGCCCCCUAAUGGUUACACCUCUUCCAAUAACUUGGCCCACAUGAAGCUAACGGUCAAGGCGGCCCCCCAGUUUGUGAGACCCCAUUAUAUCCAGCAACAUAUCCAGCAGCAAAUCCAUCCUGCGCCAAUACACCCUGGACAGAGUCAGCAGUACGUCAUCAAGCCUAAAUACUACCACACACACACCACACACACACAGAUGCGUGUUUAUCCCCAACCUGAGCGGCCAAUCCCUCUGACAGUGGGACACAACUCCCUCCAUGCACUGGGGAACCAGACAGGAAGGAUCAAGGUGGUCUUCACACCCACCAUCUGCAAGGUGACCUGCAUAGGAAGCAGAUGUCACAACAACUGUGAGAAGGGAAACACCACCACCAUCAUCAGUGAGAACGGCCACACCACAGACACGCUGACAGCUCCAAACUUCAGAGUAGUGGUGUGUCACCUACCGUGCAUCAAUGGGGGUAAAUGCAGUGCCAGGGACAAGUGCCAGUGUCCUCCAAACUUUGUGGGAAAGUUUUGCCAAAUGCCAGUUUAUGGUGGAUCCCAGCAUCAUCAGCAGCAUCAUCAGCAGUCCUCAGCAGCCUACAGCCAGUCUCAGAUCCUCUCUACUCAUAGCCUGCCGCUAACAUACAGUCAUGGACAGAACCCUGUGUUCAGCUCAGGAACGGUCAACAUUCACAUCAAACACCCUCCAGAAGCCUCGGUUCAGAUUCACCAGGUAUCCAAGCUGGACAACUACUCCAUCAACGGGCAGCACGGGUCCAGCUACAACUAUCACCACUCUGAAAGCAGCCAGAAGAUCCAGCAGCAUGGCCACCCUAACCAGCAGGGCCAAAAGGUUCUCCAGUACCACCAGCCUGCCACCUCCAAGAACACACUGGGCCGCUGCUUCCAGGAGACCACAGCUGGUCAGUGUGGAAAGGCUUUGCCAGGACUCAUCAAACUGGAGCAGUGCUGUGCAACCAUUGGCUCCUCGUGGGGCUUCCACAAAUGCCAGAAGUGUCCAAACAGACCCUCUAUCCCUCUGAUCAACUGUCCUCCAGGAUAUAAGAGGAUCAACAGUUCGCAUUGCCAAGAUAUGGAUGAAUGCCAGCUGCAGAGUGUUUGCUCUAAUGGAGAGUGUCUGAAUACGAUGGGCAGUUACAUGUGCACAUGUAAACCUGGCUACAGCCCCGACUCCACUCUCACCUCCUGCAUACCCAACACACCCACCAUCCAGGAAGAAAAGGGUUCUUGCUUCCGCUUGGUCAGCUCGGCAAGGCAAUGUUUACACCCGGUAUCUGCCCAGCUGAGCAAACAGCUUUGCUGCUGCAGUGUGGGCAAAGCCUGGGGCCCUCACUGUGACAAAUGCCCCCAUCCUGGAUCAGCUAAGUUUAAAGAAAUCUGCCCUGGUGGAAUGGGCUACACCAUUUUACCAAACCCUCCUGUAAACAAACCAGUGACUGUGAUUACGGAGCCGCAGGAUUGGUCAUCCUUUCAACCCCUCCCAACACCAGAGAAACCAGUGGAGGCUUUUGGGACAACAGAGGAGAUUCUACCAGAAGUUGUUGAAAAGACGUCUCCUCCUGCACCAGUGAAGAUCCUCCCAUCCAACGCAGGGCAGGACAUCGCACCCACGCAAUUUGCAGAGGUGGAUGAAUGCCAGAUCAACCCUGACAUAUGUGGACAAGGGGUUUGUUACAACACAGUGGAGGGCUACACCUGCCACUGUGACGUAGGAUACCACCUGGAUGACAGCCAGGCCACCUGUGUGGAUAUUGAUGAGUGUGAAAACAAGACGGUUUGUCCUUCAGGGAUUUGCUACAAUGAGCCAGGAGGCUAUAGCUGUGGCUCCUGUCCUCAUGGGUUUGUCGGCCACGAAGGUCACUGCAUUGAUAUAGACGAGUGCCAAGAUGAGCGAGUGUGUAUCAGAGGCCAGUGCCUGAACACCGAAGGCUCCUUCCUGUGCCGCUGCUCGCCAGGCUUCCGGUUGUCCUCAACUGGAGACGAGUGUGAUGAUGUGGAUGAGUGUCAGGAGGAAGCCUCUCCUUGUCAGGAUGUGGGAGAGUGUGUGAACAAUGUCGGCUCCUACACCUGCAUCUGCCCUGAGGGUUACAAACAGAUCAGCAGCACCAAUUGCACAGAUGUGGAUGAAUGUGUGGAAGAACUUUGCUCCCCUCAUGGAACGUGUCUGAACACCGAAGGCUCCUAUCUGUGUGUGUGUGACAGUGGAUUCGCUGCCAGCCUUCAUUCGCCUUCUUGUGAUGACAUUGAUGAGUGCGGGCUUAACGAAACACGGUGUGGACCCCACGGUGACUGUGAGAACAGACUGGGCUCUUUCUAUUGUCAUUGUGACCAAGGCUACCAGGAGUCUCAGGAUGGCCAGACCUGUGAAGAUGUGAACGAGUGCGAGCUUCUGAGUGGUGCGUGUGGAGAGGCAGAGUGCAUGAACAUGGACGGGUCCUUCCUCUGUGUGUGUCCCAAAGGACAGGAGUACAACGUUGUGAUUGCCAAGUGUGAGCCCAUCCAGACAGGCCCUUUGGUGGAGCGGAAGGAUUGCUACUACCAUCUUAAUGAUGAGAACCUGUGCGAGAGUGUGCUGAGCAGCCAUGUCACGCUACAGGAGUGCUGCUGCACUCUGGGAGCAGGGUGGGGGGAUAACUGUGAGGUAUACCCUUGUCCUGUUAACGGUACAGACCAGUUCAACCAGAUGUGUCCUUCUGGAAGAGGUUUUAUUCCCAAUGAAGAUUUGUUAUAUGGAAUAACCCUCCCUAACAGUUACAAAGAUGUAGAUGAAUGCAAACUGUUUGAUAAGGAGGUGUGUAAAGGUGGCUACUGUGGGAAUACAGAAGGAAGCUACGAGUGCUACUGUACCAGCGGACACUACUACGAUCCAAUCAAGCUGGAAUGUACAGAUGUCAAUGAGUGUUUGGAUGAGUCCAUUUGUGGAGGGGAAGAAUGUUUGAACACGGAAGGUUCAUACAUUUGCUUAUGUAAACCCCCAAUGGUGCUGGAUCAAAUCUCUAAUCUCUGUGUCGAAGAUCUCCAGCUGCCUGAGCAACCAACGAUGGAGAUGCAGAAUUAUGAGGAGAUCUGCUGGCAAAAAGUAACAGAAAUCAAGGUGUGCAUGCAUCCUCUGAACCCCUACAAAAAGACAACCUUCACUGAGUGCUGCUGUCGGUACGGAGAGGGCUGGGGAUUGGACUGUGCCUUAUGUCCGGACCGAAACUCAGAUGACUAUGCGUCCAUGUGUAAUAUUCCUUUGGGUGGGAGGCGGCAGCCAUACGGUCAGGACGCCCUCGUUGCCGGUUCAGUCCAUGAGUACGAAGUGGACCCAGACUACUUGACUACAAGUGAUGAGAAGACUGUCCAAAACUAUUAUGAAAAUGAAGAGUAUCGUUACAGUGCAUUUGAGGGCUUGCAAUCAGAGGAAUGCGGGAUUCUUAACGGAUGUGAGAAUGGCCGGUGUGUCCGGGUUCAGGAAGGUUACACCUGCGAAUGCUUUGAAGGAUACACACUCGACCUGUCCCGUAUGGUCUGCGUCGAUGUGAACGAGUGCUUAGAGCUGAACACCCGGAUGUUGCUGUGUAAAAACGGAAAAUGCAUCAACACCGCGGGCUCCUAUCUGUGCGAGUGUCUCCCAGGCUACAAGGCUUCUGACAAACCCAACUUCUGCGUGAAGUCAGACACACAUCAAACAUCCACACACACUCAGUGAGAGGAGGUGGAGACCAGUGGGGAGUGAGGGCCACAAAACCUUCACGCACAAGCUCCUUAUUGUCAUACUAAUGAGGACAUCCAUCAGUAUCCACAGCACUGAGUAGGAGAAGCAACAGUUAGCUUUCCUAUUCACAUGGUUCAUAGGAUUUCAACAUAAAAUCCCUAAUAUUGCUUUUCAUUUCUAUCACCAUGGACGGUUUAAUUAUGUUUUUAACUGCAACAUAUAAACAAACAGAGAACCAGCUGCACCUUCUAUCUUUGUAAAAUUAAAUUAUUAUGCCUGAAAGAUAAAUUGUUGUUCAGUUAAGUUUAACAAAUAGAUUUCUUGUCAUUUCUUAUGGUCAGAUAUGGUGAAAAUUAACUCUGUUCACCAAGGCUUUAAUAUAAAGGAUGUUUCUGAUUUAUUUUUGUUGGAUUUUCUGUUAAGUUUAAAAUUGACUUUGGUUUAACCAGUUUAUGAGAAACGACGGAGAAUUAUGAAUAAAGUCGUAAUAUAAUGACAAUAAAGUCGCAAUAAUAUUAAAGUAAAAUUGCAGUAUUUUCAAAAUAAAAAGUUAUUUUAAUAAUACCAAAACUUCAACAAAAUGAUCAACUAAGAUUAACCAAAAUGCAGCCCGAGGAGAGCAUUUUAACUCAGGGGAAGUCAGAGACUCUCUAUAUUACAGCUUUAUUACAUUAAUGUUAUAACUUUAAUCUGAUAAACAUUAAUCUUGCAGGGUCAUGAUAUUUAAUCUCGAAAUUUUUUUAUUUUAAUCUUCUGAUGUAUUUUUGCUGUUGAGUUACGACUUUUUUCUCAUAAUAUUAUGACUUUUUUUAUGGUACUACUUUAAUCCUGUAAUGUUAUGAUUUUGUAAUCAUAAGAUUCCUAUUAUGAUUUUAUGCUCAUAAUUUAAAAAUGAUAUAUUUCUUAUGAUGGCCCUUAUAUUCUGUUGUAAUGGGAUUUGCUUGACCAACAAAUCUGAUUUUCUCUGUUUUGAAGUAUCCUGUGAAGUUAUCAAUUAAAAACACAAAUUUUGAUGCCAAAGUUACCUAAAUGCACAGGCUGUUGUCAGAAUUUGUAUUUAUUGAAGACCUGGCUUGGCCUGGUCAAUGAGAAGCUGUCUUGUAGAAUUUCAACCAAAAAAAAAAAAAGCAAAGA